AUGAGUCUGAAGAAAAUCAUCGAUGUAGGAUCGGUGAACAACCUUUUGAAGAAAGGGAUCAUCAACAAAGAAGGCGUUCGACUCGUCGACUGUUCCUUUGCUAUUUCCCAAAGACCUGACUGGAAAACGUUUGAAAAAGAGCAAUACGGAAAGUUCGAGGAACUUCUGGCAGCACCGAGUCCGUGAGUUCGUUUAUCGGCACGAAUAAAAACUACAAAAACUGCAAAGGUUUCAGUUCUCGAAAACUCUACCAAAACGGCCACAUUCCGGAAGCAAUUCACAUUGAUCUCGACAUUGCCACGUACCCUUCGAAGUAUCAGAGAUUCCAACAGUACCCCAAAGAGCUCUUCGAGCAAUUUGCUCAGUUGGUCGGAUUGAACAACAAAGAACACUUCAUUUUCUACGGAAAAGGUGCUUUCGGAGGAAUGCUUUUCGCUUCCAAAAUUGCUUGGAUUUUCAAGACAUACGGACACGAGAAUGUCUCAUUGGUCGACGGAGGAUUUGACGCGUGGAGAGGAAACGGAUUUAAAGUGUCAACGGAAAGUGUGAAAUUACCGGUAAGUUACGAAGCUCAACUACUCCUUCCGAUCAAUUUUGUGUUUAGCGUGGAAACUGGACUGGAGAAGAUCAACUGGAGAAGUACGUGAUCACGUUCGAAGAUUUGGAAGCCAAAGAUAGUGAAGAAAAGCAGUAUAUUGAAAAGACAUCGGAAGUAAACUUCCUGGACACCAGAGUCCGUGCUCAGUUUGAAGGCACCCAGGAGACGGGCCUUGAUCCUCAUCUCGUGAACGGAACGAGAAUUCCCGGAUUCAAAAACGCUCCGAGCUCAGAGCUUCUGGCGAAAAACGGAACUCUGAAGAGCGAAACGGAGAUUCAGUCAUGUGAGAAGGCCUCCCCCUCCCCUUCUGCUGUUUUUGAAUGAUUGAAUUCAGGGCUUGUUCAAAACGGCUACGUGGCAAAUCAGCCGACAGUCACUUCCUGCAACUCCGGUGUGCAAGCAGCUCUCCUCGCCUACGUCAUGGAUGCCGUCGAGCCGUCUUCCGCUCCUCGGCUUUACAAUGGUUCGCUAAAGGAAAUGGAGUUGAGAGACCCGAAAAAGAUCUCCGGCGGACCCCAACAUUUGCCACAUUAG